ACCUCUGCAAUGCAAAAGUAGCGAAGAAGAGCCUACCGGAAGUGCGUGUGUGCUAAGCGUGCUUUACUGUCAGUUUAAACCGGAUAGAUUUUUCAGGCGAAAAUAAAACACGGAAUUUCAACCUAUUAUUCGUUGGUGAAUUGGGUUUGUGGAUAUAGCGUAAGAAACGUCUGAGCAUUUUUUGCAUUAUUUCUAACGCUUAUUUAAAAUGCUGCUAAAUGUGGUUCCCAAGGUAACGGCUGUACUUUAAAGUGAGACCGAGAGGAAUUCCAGAGGAAAGCUGCGACUCGCAUCAGAUCCGGAUAUUUUUUCCGUCAUGCAGCACAGGCGGAGGUUUUAAUCCGUCCUGAAUGGUGGAGCGCUCACGAGGCCGCCGAGAAACCGCAGCAUGGAGGCCGCUUUGACCCGACUGAAGUCUCUGAGUGCUGACGAGCUCAGGGAGGAGAUCCUCAAAGCCAACCUGAAGUGCGGCCCCAUCACGGCCACCACGCGCACCGUAUUUGAGCGAAAACUGGCUCGUGCCCUUGUAGAGAAUGCCGGACUCUCCGCCUCUCAAUCUGGAGACGCGACCGCAACCCCCGGCGCCACCCUGGUUGAAGAGGUGGACGUUGGGUACCAUCUGGGCCUCAACCCGCCUGAGGAGGAGCCGCUGGGCGAGAAGAGUGUGUCACCCUCACGACAUGAUGUACAGACACCAAGCAGAACACCACAGAUCACACCGACGCUGUACUAUGGAGUGUGUCCAAUGUGGGAGGACGUAUUGGCCAGAAACGAGAGGGUUCACGUGUACACGGAGAAGAAGGAGGCUCUGCAGGCGGUGAAGAUGAUGAAGGGUGCUCGCUUCAAGGCCUUUUCUACUCGAGAGGAUGCUGAGAAGUUUGCCAAGGGUUUGUGUGAUUACUUUCCCUCCCCGAGCAAGUGCGCCCCCUGUGUGUCCCCUGUGAAAACCGCCCUCUUCUUCGGCAAAGAGAGCUUGUCUCUAGCGGAGACGGACGGGAUAAACAGAGAAAAGGCGAACAGCUUCAAGAGUCCUCGUCCUCAGGACCUGACGGCGAGGUUGCGUGUGUGUGUAGAGCGAGGAGACGAAGCGCCUUUCAGCGAGCUUGUGUGGAGCAACCCACGCUAUCUCAUCGGCUCCGGGGACAACCCCACAGUGCUGCAGGAGGGCUGUAGGUAUAACGUGAUGCACGUGGCAGCAAAGGAGAAUCAGGCAGGCAUGGCUCAGCUGCUGCUGGACACUCUGGAGAAUCCGGACUUUAUGCGGCUGAUGUAUCCUGACGAUACCGACAGCAUGCUGCAGCAGCGCAUCCGCUACAUCGUGGACCUGUACCUCAACACGCCCGAUAAAGCUUGCUUCGAGACUCCUCUACACUUUGCUUGUAAGUUCGGUUGUGCGGCCGUGGUGAACGUCCUCUGCUCUCAUCCCCACAUCGACAAACACAGGAAGAACAAAUAUGGCCAGAAACCCUUCGAGAUUAUUUGUGAACGAAUGAAGGAAAAAAACAAAAUCCCAGAAAUCAAACAGAAGAUUACAGAAUAUCUAGAAGACCGGUGUUACGUGCCCCUCCUCCGAGCAGCCGAUAACUCUGCACAGCCUGUGAUCGGUGCUCCCUGGUCACCUGAGCCUAUGGAAAACCUCUCACCCCUGUUACCCAGAAGCCCCCGAGAACCCGUAAUGACAGUGAGGGCCUUCGCCGGCCCACUGAGCCCCUCUAAGGCGGAUGAGUUCCGGAGAGUGUGGAAGACGCCCCCUAGAGUGCGGGCGGAAUAUUUCCACCAUAUCCUCAAAUCUGACCCUGAGCGUGGAGCAGAGAGAGUUGGCAGAGACCUGGCACGUGAGCUAGGACACCCCUGGGCUGAGUACUGGGAUUUCCUGGACAGUUUUGUGGACUUGGUAUCAGUUGAUGGUCUGCGGCGUUUGGAGGAAUUCCUGAGCAAGAAGGACUUCAGUGAGCGAACUCAAGACCAGGCUGGAGAACUCAAUAACUGCAACAAGUUCAGAACUCCUUCUCCUGGAAAGCAGAAGAAGUUCAGUAACUCUGUGUCUGUGGGAGCGUUUUUGGACGAGACUGAUAUCUCACUAGAGGAGAUGAAGAACCGGCAGAAUGCAGCACUCACCAGCAUCUCCUCCUCCUCCUCCUCUUGCUGCUCUAAAGAUGACCAGGGUAAGCGGGGCUUCCACAUCCUGCCUGUCUCACAAGACUCCGCCCUCAUCGAGCCCCGGAAGCCCGUCUCUUCCUGCCCGCCGUCACCCAUCUCCAACCUGAUGGCGGAGUUUGAGCGCAUGACGCUGUGUGACCACCCGCAUGGAGACGGGCAGGAAGGGGCGGAGCUUUCGAGUGUGAGUUCGGAUGAGUACUUCCUGGCACAGGAGAGCGUGGAGGAGCAGAGAGCGAGGACACGACUGGGAUCAAAUGGUGAGCGAGUGAUCUGUUCGCGCUCCAGAUCAUGGGAUCAUGGAAGCUCUGCCUCCUCCUCCUCUGGAUCGUAUAGAUCAUUGGACUGUUCGAAUGACCUCAUCAUGACCACACCCCCUCAAGUUAGAAGAGGACUGUUUAUUGAGGGAGACGCUCCCUCCAGACUGGACCGUGAUGUUUUCUUUGCGCUGGGAGCCACAGAAAUCGACCCGCUCAAAUAUCCCAGCAUUCACAAGUGGAAAAGCACCAUGGAGUCGUACAGCAGCGCCGAGAUGCAGAGUUGGCAGACUCCAGCCAUGAUAAAGACUCACUCCAGGCUUCAGUCUCUGACUCCCGGUUCUCCUGUGAGUCGUUACAGUCCGGUUAGGCACGCCUACUCGCCGGACCACUCCAGUCCUGGACGCUACAGCCCUGCGCACUGUAGCUACAGUCCCACCCAUACCAGUUACAUCCAGCGCAUUCGGCUCAAGCACUUGGGAGACUCGCCGAUUUAACAAAAGCUCGUCUGUGUCCGUCCUCCUCAAACACACGCAGCUUCACCACAGGACUUUACCGGGGAGACGUUCAGCGUGAACUGGUACACCGUAGUGUAUAUUUUUAAACACUUGUCCUUUUCUUAUAUAUAUAUAUAUGUGUGUGUGCGCGUGUGCCUGUGUGUGUGUGUGUAAAAGUGUAGGUACGAGUGUUGAUUUGUAUCCGUAAUUAUUUAUGGGUGAUGCAGAAAUAAUGCGAUUCACCCGGUACUCUGAGGUGUUAGAGAAAACUAGCUGAAUACAGAAAGCUCCUGAAUUAAUUGUGAUGUAACUCUGCACAACGUUCUGCGGUGAAGAGACCGGACAGUCCUGGUUACUCGUGUCCGUCUGUUUCCUUACAACAAUAACUGGAAUAACGUCUCAUUUGGACGAUACGUUUCAUUUCUCUUUUAUUUCCCUUCAGUAAUAAAUAUGUUCCUUAA